CGUUGACCAGUGUACUAAACCGAUGCCGUCCGUCACAAGCACCUCUAGACUGAAGUCGUGGCCAGGUACGAGAGUCGUGUUGACGCCACUCGUUGCUUCCUGCCUCGAGGGGUGUCGCAUACACGCGCAAGCGCUGCCUCCCUGCUUGCAGUCAUGGCUAAGCGCUGUGUGCGAGCACGGCCUGCAAACCCCUGCCUCAAAUUCAUGGCACAGCAUGCGGACAGGCUGCAGCCCCCGCUCCUGGUUUUAAGGUGAAGUCUGCCCUUGUCAACAGCUUUCCACAAUACACUCCGGUCUCCCUUCGGACUACGAGAACUCUUCUAUGACUCGCGCCAAAACUCGGCUUGAUGCGACUCUUAUACACCGCAACCGAUGGCAGAUUCGAAUGGACCAGAAACUAUAUCAAGAAAAAGGAUAUUCCCAACUAUGCGAUCCUCUCCCACACCUGGAUGGACGGACAAGAGGUGACCUUUGAAGAUUUGAAGAACAUCAAUAACGCAAAAGAUUUUAAUAGCCCAAGUAGCGAAGGAUAUCGGAAGCUUCGCUUCUGCGCACAACAGGCUAAGCAGGAUGAUCUGGACUAUUUCUGGGUUGACACUUGCUGCAUCGACAAGUCAGAUAGCUCCGAGCUUCAAGAAUCGAUAAAUUCCAUGUUUCGCUGGUAUCAGCGCGCAACGCGAUGUUACGUCUACCUUCCUGAUGUCGAGCACGAUACUCUGGAUGAGGAUGGCAAGUUGGCAUUCAAGCAGAGCAGAUGGUUCACAAGAGGUUGGACGCUCCAGGAACUUUUGGCUCCAACAUCGGUUGAAUUUUUCUCUAGGAACGGAAGGAGGCUAGGUGACAAAGAUUCACUCAGACACAUGAUUCGAGAAAUUACUGGAAUACCGGUUGACGCUCUCCACGGCCGCGAAAUAUCGGAGUUCACGAUCGCUGAGCGUUUCUCUUGGACAGACAAUCGCCAGACGACACGUGAGGAGGAUGCGGCCUACUGUCUGCUGGGAAUCUUUGGUAUCUACAUGCCACUCAUAUACGGCGAAGGCAAGGAGCAUGCGAUCAAGAGACUGAAGAAAAUGGUACACGAAGACAUCACAAGUGCUUCUGUGGGCGAAAGUCAAAAAGAGAGGCUCGGCAAGAUCUGCAAGUGGCUUUCGGCACCUGACCCAUCCAUCAACUACCACAAGGCCCUCAAGCAGCGGCAGGCUGGGACCGGAACCUGGCUCGUAGAGGGCGAACAAUUUACGAGAUGGAAGGUGGGUGUAGCAUCGCGGCUCUGGCUGCACGGGAUUCCAGGAUGUGGAAAGACCAUCCUGAGCGCUACUGUUAUUGAAAACCUGCGACAGCACUGCGGGUCCGAUACCAGUAUGGCGACAGCGUACUUUUACUUUGAUUUCAAAGAUGCACAGAAACGAGAUCCAGAUCUAGCAAUCCGCUCGUUGCUCUCCCAGCUGCUGCAGCGCGCGGCCAUAAUACCGAAAAGCAUUGACGAGUUGUUCGCCUCGUGCGAAAACACUGGACGCCUGCCAACACUGCAUGCAUUCUUGGAAGUACUACGGCUAACGGUACAGGAACUGGGGCAAGUCUACAUCGUUCUUGAUGCUCUCGAUGAAUGUAUCCUUCGCCCGGAACUGAUGGACGUAAUCGAAACUGUAGCUGGAUGGCAACUAGACAAUAUGCAUUUGCUCUUGACUAGUCGGAAAGAGCGAGAUAUCGAGAAAUCUCUAGAAAAGUUUAUACUGGACAAGGACACUAUUCGUCUUCGAGAGGAUAAAGUGGACAUGGACAUACAACGAUACAUCCAGCAACGGUUAUCUGACGAUAAAGAUUUGGCAAAAUGGAAUAAGGACGCUGCUAUCAGGCAAGAGAUCGAGACUGCGUUGAUGGGUGGAGCUCGUGGGAUGUUCCGAUGGGCUGUGUGCCAGCUUGAUAGGCUGGGAGUGUGUCGCAAUCGGGCGAUGCUGCGCAAGUCACUCGCCACUUUGCCGCAAACAUUAGACCAGACGUACGACUGCAUACUUUCUGCUAUAGGCGAAGAAGACUCUAACUACGCAAUGCGCAUCUUGCAGUGGCUAACGUUCUCACAACGUCCACUGUCCGUCGAAGAGAUCGCUGAAAUUAUCGCCCUCGAUUCAAAGCGCGACCAAUCGUUCGACCGCGAUGAAGUACUCGAGGACCCGCUAGAAGUUCUGAACAUCUGUUCUAGCUUAGUCACUGUCACAGUUGUUAUGACGAAGCGGAUCGUUGCUUUAGCACACUAUUCAGUGCAGGAAUACUUGUUGUCGGACAGAAUCAGGCAAGGGCCAGCGAAAAAAUACGGCAUGGGAAAGGUUGAAUGUCAAGUCCUGAUAACGGUAAGCUGCUUGAAGUACCUGGCCCAGUUACCGCAGCCAUUAUCGGAAGAAACACUGCAGACCUUCGCCCUUGCACUAUAUGUAGCAAGGUUCUGGAGUCACCAUCUUCGAGAGACAGAAGAUGAGGAAGGAGUGAGUCACCUUGCGCUGAAUCUAUUGUUAGAGAACAAAACGGCCUAUCUUACAUGGCUUCAAUUGAGUAAUCCGGACUGGCCAGAGGACAAGCCCAAUCUAGAAAAGGGGGCAGAAAGCAUAGCUGCGCCGCUCUACUACGCUGCCCUGUUGAAUCUGAGCACAAUUACGAAGAUGCUGCUGGAUCAAGAUGCUGAAAUUAAUGACCAGGGUGGAGAGUUUGGGAAUGCACUACAAGCAGCAUCGCAGGCAGGCCACGAGGCGAUAGUCAGAACACUGCUUGAAAGCAAGAUUACCGACGUUAACGCGCAAGGUGGCUAUUACGGCAACGCACUGCAAGCAGCAUCUUUUGAAGGCC